UGGUGGGAAAUAGUCUUUUUCCCCAAUUUAAAAAUAAUUAAACUAACAAAUUUCAUCCUUUGUUGACUUUUUGGGUGAUGAGGUGCCUCCAUGGAAAACACUAUGGCCGCCAACUAAAAUCAAAUUGUCUCCUCAAUGUUAGGUUAUGCUUUUGAAUCUGAAUUCUUAAAUUCAAAUCAAUAUAGUGGUGCAUCAUUAUCACAUCAACAUUAGCCUAAGUGCAAAUUCAAAGGUCAAUAUUUUCAUAUUAUAAUAAUUUUCCAAAUCUCAACUGUAUAUUGCAUCUUAAAGUGACACUUUCUUGGACCAAACAAGGCAAUAUUAUGAACCGUUCUAACCUUAUCAAACGGCACAGUUUUGACUUUUAUAUCAAAUCGGCGGUCUCUGACAAGGAGAUUUCAUCAAUUAGAUUUAGACCUCACUAAAAAUCACCCAGAUUUCGCCACGUGUAAAUCAUCCAACUGACCCCACGAGCAACCCCGCUUUUUUCACCGAUCAUGUUUAUGUUUUGACAAGCAAAUCUGAAGGCACAGUCGUUUCCUUUUUAUCGCCGUUUGAAAAUCUUCCUUUCCAUCUCCUCUUAAUGAACAGUUCCAAUCACCAGUGACAAAAUUCUACUACCAUUUAAGUAUGAAGCCCUAGGAUUUCAAUUCAGAUUUAAGUUUUUUGUUUCUGGUUCUCGUCAUGAUUUAGCCUUAGAACUUUGAAUUCAUUUCAUUCUGUAUUUGGGGAGGAAGUUUCAAAUGGGUCUCUGCAACUCCAAACCCUCCCCAGACCCUAACCCCAACUCCCCUGAGUCUGUUGCUAGUCCUAAUAAGAGCUCUUCAAUUCCAGCCCAGGAAAACCCUAUUCCAGCCAAAAAUGAACCUGUUUCCACUUCUAGUUCAGUGAACGAUCAAACCAACAACCCUAGCAAUGGCGAUUUGCGGAACAAUACCGUCAAUGAAGGAAAAAAGUCCCCCUUUUUCCCCUUCUACAGUCCCAGUCCAGCUCACUACUUCUUCUCCAAGAAGCCUUCUCCUGGAAGAUCUUCGGCCAACUCCACGCCCAAGAGAUUUUUCAAGCGCCCGUUUCCUCCGCCAUCGCCAGCUAAACAUAUAAAAGCUGUGUUGGCACGGCGUCAUGGCUCCGUUAAGCGGAAUGGAGCCUCCAUUCCGGAAGGUGGUGAAGCCGAAGCUGCUACGGGGCUUGAUAAAAGUUUCGGAUUCUCAAAGAAUUUUAUAAAUAAGUAUGAACUUGGAGAUGAAGUCGGCCGUGGACACUUUGGGUACACGUGUGCAGCCAAGUUUAAGAAGGGUGAGCUUAAAGGACAGCAAGUAGCUGUCAAGGUUAUACCCAAGUCCAAGAUGACAACUGCAAUUGCAAUUGAAGAUGUGAGAAGGGAGGUGAAAAUUUUGAGAGCUUUGACCGGACAUAACAAUCUUGUUAAAUUCUAUGAUGCAUAUGAAGACACUGAGAACGUCUAUAUUGUGAUGGAGCUAUGUGAAGGCGGAGAGCUCUUAGAUAGAAUACUUGCUAGGGGCGGAAAAUACACUGAGGAUGAUGCAAAGGCUGUGAUGAUACAAAUAUUAAAUGUUGUUGCUUUUUGCCACCUUCAGGGUGUGGUGCACCGGGAUCUUAAACCUGAGAAUUUCUUGUUUACAUCAAAGGAUGAGAACUCAGUGUUGAAGGCCAUAGAUUUUGGCUUGUCAGAUUUUGUUAAACCAGAUGAAAGACUUAAUGACAUUGUUGGUAGCGCAUACUAUGUGGCACCUGAAGUUCUGCAUAAAUCUUACAGUACAGAAGCUGAUGUCUGGAGUAUUGGUGUGAUUGCGUAUAUUUUGUUGUGUGGCAGUCGUCCUUUUUGGGCUCGAACUGAGUCAGGGAUCUUUCGGGCCGUACUGAAAGCUGAUCCAAGUUUUGAUGAAACACCUUGGCCUUCUCUAUCUUCUGAGGCAAGAGAUUUUGUCAAGCGCCUGCUAAAUAAAGAUCCACGAAAAAGAUUGACUGCUGCUCAAGCUCUAAGUCAUCCCUGGAUAAAGAACUCCAAUGAUGUAAAAGUGCCUUUGGAUAUACUAAUAUUCAAACAGAUGAAGGCUUAUAUGCGUUCAUCAUCUCUCCGAAAAUCUGCUCUAAGGGCUCUCUCUAAAACAUUGACUGUGGAUGAACUAUUUUAUUUGAAGGAGCAAUUCGCAUUACUGGAACCAAACAAAAAUAGCUCCAUAAGCUUUGAAUCUAUUAGAGCGGCUUUAAUGAAAAAUUCUACAGAUGCAAUGGAGUCACGAAUUCCUGAUUUUAUGACAUCACUUAAUGCUCUUCAAUACAGAAGGAUGGACUUUGAGGAAUUUUGUGCAGCUGCAUUAAGUGUUCAUCAGCUAGAGGCUCUUGAUCGAUGGGAACAACAUGCUCGCUGUGCUUAUGAACUUUUUGAAAAAGAUGGAAACAGGGCAAUUGUCAUUGAGGAAUUAGCUUCGGAACUUGGCCUUGGGCCUUCAGUCACUGUUCAUGCUGUUCUCCAUGAUUGGGUUAGGCACACUGAUGGAAAGCUGAGCUUCCUAGGGUUUGUCAAGUUGCUGCAUGGUGGAUCAAGCCGAUCCCUUGCAAAAGCCCAAUAGAAGUUUUGUAACCAACAUAGAAGCUAAAAGUAACACUUCUUGGUGAAAACUGUUUUGGCGAAUAAAAGAAAUGGUGAGAGGUGUUGAUAGGCCUGAAUGAUGAGAAGUCUUGGUAGGCCUGAAUUUGAAUUUGAAGAGAUUUACAUAAUGAUGGCAGAGUAGGUUUGGGUUGGGACUAAUUUCAUCUCAUCUCUAUAGUAGAACCUUAUAAAGUUCCACAAUUGAAGUACUGAAGUUGGUGGCUAACUUCAUGCUGUGAAGCUAGGCAAUUAUGUCUUCCACUGUAAAGCUGUAGUUAAAGUUUUCAAUUGCAGGUGAGAAUAUUUCUCAGCUGAUUACCAGACAUUUGAUGUUCUGACAUAUUCUACCGUCUUGAUAAAGUUCAAGAUUGCAAUGAAUUCAUCAUCUUUUCUGGUCUAAAAACUUUCUACCCCAAACCCUUCGCUCUGAUGAAUAUUUUCUAAACUAGUUAAUUUGAUUCAACAUUUUCCAAACCAAUUCGUGGCUCCUGAACUCUUGACUAUUUUUCCCACAUAAUUUUGCUACUUGGGGGCUGUUAUAGCAGCUGUCAUUCAGAGAUGUGCCUAUUUUUUGUUUUCCAAACAAUCGGUUAUGCAACUAGAAAAGGUCUGAUUUCUACAAGGGUUACAUAUGCUCUUAUCUGCAAGUUAUUUAAUAGAGGAGAAAAAAGCUUUCUGUUGCAAGAGCAAUCAGAUUCAGAGUCAGGUAUGUUCAUGGGCUGCCGGCUUACCAGAGCUUAUUGGCUUCCUGUAAACGGUGCGCCUGGAAAAUCUGCAAUCAGUAAUUCAAAAUUUAUUCAAAGUGUUGCAUGAU